UUAAAUAAAUUUAAAAUGACAUUAGUAGGGUCACAAAUAGAUAGUGACAAGAGAUUAUUAAAUUUUGACACCUAUGAAGAUUAUUUGAAUUCUCUAAUAUCAUUUGUUGAUCUUGGAUAUCUUGGAAAUCUUCAUAUUGCACGUCAAUUAGCUGAACUUGGCUAUCGUUGUGCAGGUGAAACACUUGAUGAAGAUACAUUUUAUCGGCGUUUAAAAGCUGUGAAAAAUUUAGUUUUUCCAAUUUAUAAACCAUAUGAAUUAACAUCAGAAUUAGUGAUACCAAGAGAUAUAAAAAAUCUAUGGAGAGGAGAAGUUACUUCAAAACAGCACAUGACUGAAGAACAAGGAGAUUACGCUUUAGAUAGACAUUUUAUCAACAUCAUAGACGCCAGUAAUAGGGAGACGACUGCAUCAAAUAAAUUAAAAUCAAAAUCUUUCGAACUGGUUCAUAGUGAGAACUCGCCACAGUCUGUGAGAAAACGAAUACCAAACACAUCUUCUCAGGAGCAUUACCGACAGGAGAGAGAAAUGACAUCGAUCGUCGGCACUUACCAACAUGAAAGCAAUGAAAACCUCGACGAAUAUUUCAAAGCUGUGGGUGUACCAUACAUUCCACGAAAACUGAUGUGUAUGUCCAGUCCACAACUGGAAAUAUCGAACAAUGAUGAUAAAUGGACCAUUCGUACCAUUACAAUGAUUCGUAUGGCAGAAGUGACGUUUACUCUCGGUGAAGAAUACGAAGAACACAUGCCUGCAGGAGUUAUACUGAAAAAUGUAACUACACUGGAGGGAGAUAAUCUAGUGACAGUUUCAGUCGGUCCAAAUAACAACAAAGUACUACGGAAAUAUGAAAUUACAAAAGAUGGUAUAGUUUUGAUAAUGACUCACGAAAAGAGUGGCCAAAUAGCAAAACGCUAUUUUAAGCGUCUUUAAUAAAUUUUAGUUGCAAAACUAUUUCUAUAUUUUAUUCGAUAUAUUACAUUAACUUAUUAUUAAUGAUUAAUUUUUUACUUAUAUUUUACGUAUAUAUUACAUAUAUAUAUACAACAAUAAGUUGACGAUAAUAUAAUUUGAAAGCAUAUUUUAAACAAAGAAAAAUUAUGAAACGUAAUUCGCAUAGAAAAUGCUAAUAAUGACUAGAAGAAAAAAGUCACGGAUCAAUCGUAAAUGUUUCUACCGUCAUUUAUGGCAUGCGCCCCACCUACUUUUGCUGAAUGUCACGUGUUGCAUAAUAUAAAAAAGCAUGGAUAAAUAAAAAUUAUAAUAUAAAUUAAAAAUAAAGAAUUAAAAUCUCGAGUGCA